AGCCACAUCCCAUCAGGAAUUUGACUGCUGAGACUUUAAACACCACAGCAAUAGAGCUAAAGUGGGACCGACCAGAGGACUACCAGAGCACUUACCGUUACCAAGUCCAGAUCUCUGGAUGCACAUCGCCAAACCGUGAUGCCUCAACAAGCGAGGAGAAGAUCAUCAUAUCCAGCCUGCCUCCAGGAACCAGCUGCAGAUUCAGCAUCUAUGUUGAGGUUAUGAAUGGCACAAGGGGAGAGGAACUCAAUAUCUCCCGUUAUACCAGGCCAGAGACUGUGCAGCCGGUCAUCUCAGACCACACCAACAACUCCAUCACAGUGAGUUGGAGUCGUCCUAAUGGAAAUGUGGAGUCGUUUGAGGUUCUCCUGAACAGCAGCAGUAACAUCACCAGGAGCCCUCUGCUGAACUCAAGUGUCAACUCCUAUGAGUUCAAAGACCUGUCAGCUGGGAAGAUAUACACAGCCACUGUCACAACAAAGAGUGGCCCCUUUAGUGAAGAGUCUGAAGUAAAUACAACUGCUACCUAUCCCAAUCCUCCGGGGGAUAUCACCAUGAAGAAUGCGACUACAAAUUAUAUUUUUAUUAAGUGGACUCCAGCCCUCUUGAUGGACAACUCAGAUGGUUUUAACUACACAGUGAACAUCAGUAGUUCAUCAGGGACUACAGACUAUAGUACCAAAGCCUUAAAUCAGACCCUGACAAACCUUAAAUCAGGAACACCACAUAUCAUCUGUGUGAGAACAACUGGACCACUUGGCCUUCAGAGUGAAUCUGUUUGCAGUGCACAUAUCACUACAAAGCCAUACCCCAUCAGUAAUUUGAGGGCUGAGCCUUUAAACACCACAGCAAUGAAGCUUAAGUGGGACCAACCAGAUGAAUACAAGGACACUUACAAAGGAUGUGGUUCAUUCAGCUAUGUAUGGCUUACUGACCUCCAGAGUAAUUCUGUUUGGAUGUUUUAUAUUUCCUGUCACCUAGGGCCAGAGACUGUGCAACCGGUCAUCUCAGACCACACCAACAACUCCAUCACAGUGAGUUGGAGUCGUCCUAAUGGAAAUGUGGAGUCGUUUGAGGUUCUCCUGAACAGCAGCAGUAACAUCACCAGGAGCCUUCCGCUGAACUCAAGUAUCAACUCCUAUGAGUUUAAAGACCUGUCAGCUGGGAAGAUAUACACAGCCACUGUCACAACAAAUAGUGGGCCCUUUAGUCAAGAAUCUGAAGUCACUACCAAUGCAACGUAUCCUAACCCUCCAAGAGAUAUUUUUAUCAAGAAAAAGACUACAAAAUCCAUUUUUGUUGAGUGGGCCCCUGCCUUCUUCAUGGAUGACUCAGAUGGUUUUAACUACACCGUGAUCAUUAGUAGUUCAUCAGGGACUGCAGACUAUAGUACCAAAGCCUCAUACCAGAACCUGACAAACCUUUCAUCAGGAACACCACAUGUCAUCUGUUUGAGAACAACUGGACCACUUGGCCUCCAGAGUGAAUCUGUUUGCAGUGAACAUGUCACAACAAGACCUGAGAGUGUCAAAUCUGUACAAGUUGAUAUUGUAAAAGAAACAUACAUGAGAUGGAAAUGGGCUCCUCCACCUGACUCUAAAGAUGGAUACUACUAUCGAGUGAACUUGACAAAUGAACUUGACAAUAUUAACCUCACCGAUGUUACAAAUGACUUGAAAUUGGAGUUCAAGCAGCUGAUACCAGGAGCCCGUUACAACAUCACUGUCACCACAUUUACUUCUGAUGGCACUGAUGGAUCACCGGUGAACAAUUCCGCAUGCACUGAUACUAGUGGACUCACAGAGGACCAACUUAAAUGUGUUGGUAAAAACCAUACACCUGUACUUGAAUUGGAGUGGAAAAACCCUAAAGGACAUAACUCUGGAUUCAAAAUCAAAGCCAAGACCAAUGCUGAAGUCAAUGUCCAUCUUGGAGAAGAGAAAACUUGCAAUGAAACAUGUGUCUACCGCAUAGAGAGUGAUCUUACAUACAGCACAGAAUACAGUGUGACUAUUUGGACAGUUGGAUGUGGGAAAUCGGGCAUGAUUACCACGACUUGCAAAACAGGAGUCACAGUACCACCUGUUGUGUCUGACAAUGAAAAGGUAGAAGUUCGCCCACCUUCCCACAAUAAAGUUGAGCUGAUUCUUGAUCCCAUUUUCCUGAAUUCUUCAAAUGGACCUAUUCUGGAAUACGGUGUCCUGGUGUCGCAGAGUGAAAACCCCACUUUCAAGAAAGAUGAUUUAGUUAACUCUUAUGAUGAUUGGCAGAAACAUCAGGAUUUAAACUACCUUGCCGUUUUAAAGAAAAAUGAAAUUAAAAUGGAAGAGAUCUCUAUCAUUGUGGGAGAAGACAGCCCUUUGCGGGAAGCAUACAGAAAUGGCCCUCUGACCCCUACUAAAACAUACAGUUUUGCAAUUGUCACCUGUACUGCCCUGCAGAUGAAAACAGAUAAACAUGUGGACAUUCAUGGCUCCAUUUGCUCCAUAUCCGGAUUUUACAAGACUGUAUAUCUUAAACAAGACCCACUGGUCAUCACCACGGCUGUUGGAGCCACCUGUGGGAUCUUGACCGUCUGUCUAUGCAUUGCUAUAGCCGUCUUCAUCUUCUUGAAGAGGAAAGCUUCAAGAAGACCUGCUUCUGACAUUCCAAUUAAUACCAUCAGAGCAAAAACUAGUGUGCCUUUGCUGGUUGAGGAGUUUGACGCACACUACAAGAAGCAAUCUGCCAACACCAAAUGUGGCUUUGCAGAGGAGUUUGAGGAUCUGAAGCUAGUUGGUACGGCCCAGUCUACAGCCACUGCCAGUGCAUUGGAGAACAAAUCAAAGAACCGGUACAGCAAUGUACUGCCAUAUGAACCAUCCAGGGUCAAGCUAUCCAUCCUUGGCAGCCAGUUUGGUGACUACAUCAAUGCAAACUACAUUCCGGGGGCAAACUCCAGGAAGGAGUUCAUCGCAAGCCAGGGUCCUCUGCCUGCCACAGUGAAUGACUUCUGGAGGAUGAUCUGGGAGAAGAACAUCAGGACUAUAGUGAUGCUGACCAGGUGCAACGAGCAGGGACAAGUGAAAUGUGAACAGUACUGGCCGGCUGAGAGUAAGCACUACAACAACAUCAUCGUCAAGACAACUUCUGAAAUCACUCUUGAUGACUGGGCCCUGAGAGACUUUGAAGUCAAAAAUGUGAAGAACGCAGAAACUCAUUCUGUGCGCCACCUCCACUUCACGGCCUGGCCUGAUCACGGCGUCCCUGAGAGCACUGAGCUCCUGAUCAACUUCCGUCACCUCGUGAGGGAGCACAUGGACCAGUACUCCCUCCACUCCCCCACCGUGGUGCACUGCAGUGGUGGAGUGAAUCGGACAGGAACCUUCAUUGCCAUCGAUCGCAUUAUCUUCCAUAUUGAGCGUGAACGCAUGGUGGAUGUGUCUGGAAUCGUCUAUGACAUGCGUAUGCACCGGCCAUUCAUGGUAAAGACAAAGUGCCAUUAUGUGUUCCUGAACCAAUGUGCUUUGGACGUCAUAAGGUCAAAGAUGGGCACCAAUGAGAAUCUGACCUACCAAAACACAGAAGCAACCCACAUUUAUGAAGCUAUUUAG